CCAACUUCGGCCAACAGUCAUACGUGACGUAUUACGCUCCCACCAGCUGGGCAGCGCGAUCCGCAUUCCGUCUCACACCUUGAGUUCACGUGCACGACCGCAAUCAUGGAGGCCCGAGGACCACCACGCGUCAAAAAUAAGGCGGCCGCGCCCAUCCAGAUCAGCGCCGAACAGCUGCUACGCGAGGCAGUCGACCGCCAGGAUGAGAAGCUCAAGGCGCCCACACAGCGCUUCGCGGAUAUGGAGGAGCUGCAUGAGUUCCAGGGACGCAAGAGGAAAGAGUUCGAGGAUUACGUCCGCCGCAACAGGAUCAACAUGAACAACUGGAUGCGCUAUGCCUCUUGGGAACUUGAACAGAAAGAAUUUAGACGUGCCCGAUCCAUUUUUGAGCGUGCACUGGACGUUGACAGCACAUCGGUGGCAUUGUGGCUCCGGUACAUCGAGUCUGAAAUGAAGCACCGCAACAUCAAUCAUGCCCGUAACGUUCUCGACCGGGCCGUUACCCUCCUCCCACGUGUUGACAAGCUCUGGUACAAAUAUGUUUACAUGGAAGAGACCCUCGGCAACAUCGAUGGUGCUCGCUCUGUAUUCGAGCGCUGGAUGCAGUGGGAGCCUGAGGAAUCUGCAUGGUCGUCGUAUAUCAAGCUGGAAAAGAGGCACGGGGAAUUCGAACGAGCCAGGGCAAUCUUCGAGCGCUUCACCGUCGUACAUCCUGAACCGAAGAACUGGAUCAAGUGGGCCAAGUUCGAGGAAGAAAACGGCACCAGCGAUCUGGUACGAGAUGUAUACGGUACAGCGGUGGAGACACUUGGCGAUGAGUUCAUGGACGAGAAGCUGUUCAUGUCGUACGCCAAGUUUGAGGCCCGAUUGAAGGAGACAGAGCGCGCAAGAGCUAUCUACAAGUUCGCGCUGGACCGCAUGCCGCGCUCGAAAUCAGUCAACCUUCACAAGGCUUUCACUACUUUCGAAAAACAGUAUGGCGACCGAGAUGGUAUCGAAGAUGUGGUUCUGUCGAAACGAAGAGUGCACUACGAGGAGCAGAUCAAAGAGAACUCCAAGAACUACGAUGCCUGGAUAGAUUUUGCACGCCUGGAAGAGACGUCAGGCAACACCGACCGUGUGCGAGAUAUUUACGAACGAGCGAUUGCACAAAUACCGCCUACACAAGAGAAGCGACACUGGCGAAGAUACAUCUAUCUUUGGUUGUUCUACGCUGUUUACGAGGAAUCAAUCACAAAGGAUAUCGACCGCACACGCCAGAUUUAUCAGGAGUGCAUAAGGUUGAUACCACACAAGCGCUUCACUUUCGCCAAGCUGUGGCUGAUGUUUGCCCACUUCGAAGUUCGUCAAUCUCAGCUCACAGCAGCACGGAAGCUUCUCGGCCAGGCAAUCGGCAUGUGCCCCAAAGACAAGCUCUUCAAGGGGUACGUUGAGCUGGAAAUGAAGCUAUUCGAGUUCACACGCUGUCGUCAGCUCUACACAAAGUACAUCGAGUUCAACGGGUCGAACACACAAACUUGGAUCAAAUUCGCAGAACUUGAGCGCGGUCUUGAUGACCUCGAGCGCGCACGCGCCAUCUUCGAACUUGCUGUUGAAGAGCCACAACUCGACAUGCCGGAGCUGCUCUGGAAAGCAUACAUCGAUUUUGAAGAAGGCGAGGGCGAGUAUGAGCGCACGCGCGCGCUGUACGAGCGUCUGCUCGAGAAGACAGACCACGUCAAGGUCUGGACAUCAUGGGCCCAGCUCGAGAUCGGUGUUCCCGACCCGGGAGCCGAGGAGAACGACGAUGAGGACAAGCCUGUCAGCGACGCAGCGAAGGCGCGUGCUCGCGCUGUGUUCGAACGUGCUCAUAAGCGCAUGAAGGACAAGGAUCUCAAGGAAGACAGAGUGGCUCUGCUCAAUGCUUGGAAGAGCUUUGAGGCUAUUUAUGGUAGCCCCGAGGAUCAGGAGAAGAUCGAUAAGCAGAUGCCCCGGAAGGUCAAGAAGAGGAGAAAGCUUGACGACGACAGCUUCGAGGAGUAUGUCGACUACAUCUUCCCUGCCGACGACGAGAGCGCCGCGAAAUUGGCAAGGCUCAUGGCCAAUGCGGCGAAGUGGAAGGCGGCGAAGGCGGCGAAGGAAGCCGAAAAUGGUGCAUAGGGAGGUCACUUGUAAAAUCUGAAUGUAUACUACGAUGGUCACUAUUCGCGCCAGACCGUCUCUGGUCUGUUCCUGUUGCCAUGAUCACGAGGCGAGAGUCUGUGCAUCGAGCAAGGACAGGGCUGUAAGACCCAUGGCGACGAUCACACACAAGCAGAACUUUGUCACAACGUCGAUCUGACCAACCAACGACAAGAGUGCCCGAUGUACUGAAACCGAAAUGUGGCAGCAGCGGAUGGGAAAGGCUGAGUUUGAGAGUUGUAGAUCUGGCACUUGUGACGCUUCUGACGUGGCCAGGACCCUGAACCAAAAGUCUAUGACCACUUACCAUUAUCCGGACGAUAAUUUACACAGCGCAGCUGUUAGGACGUCAAAUUACAUACGUCCGUUAGUAU